AUGGCCGACGCCCUGCCACCGCCGACGGACCUUCAGUUGGCCCCGUGGGCAUCGCUUUGGCCCAUCUCAACGUCCCGCGUACCCGUCCUCGUCUCGAUCGGCCGCGCGUGUAGCAUGGGGUAUUACGUGCACACUAUCAAGUCUCAGCUUGACAAAGAAAAACGCCAAGUGCUCGCGUACAUUCUGCGCUUGCCGUUUCCAAAGAAGCACUUUGAUGCCGAGAAGCCGAGUGUGAUUGCCGAGCGCAUGCAGAAUCUCGGAGGUUUAGUCUCGCAUGUCUGGAGCCUCUACGCGGCCGCUUGGCUCCACGCUUUGCAGUACCCGGACGAGCCGCCAGUUGUGCCGGCCGGUGUCCUCGCGCGACUGUUCAUCUUUCUCUGUAUUCCCCAGGAAGCCUUGAAUGUCACUGUGACGACGACCAUGCUUGCGACGAUGGACGACGCGUGUCCGAUCUGCUUGGAGUGCUUUGCACCACCCACUGAAAUUGUCUUGGAGCUGGCGUGCGGUCAUGGCUUUCACGUUCCAUGCUUGCGCGACUGGCUGGUCAUCACGCCGCGCUGUCCGACGUGCCGCGGAGCGCCCGGAUCAACCGUGCUGCAUGUUCCGUCGUAG